AUGUCUGCUCCUUUACUACAGAAAGCUCCUGGCAAGCGUAUCGCUUUGCCAACAAGAGUUGAACCUAAGGUGUUUUUCGCCAACGAACGUACUUUCCUAUCAUGGUUAAACUUCACAGUGAUGCUUGGAGGUUUAGGUGUCGGUUUGUUAAAUUUCGGGGAUAAAGUUGGUCGUAUCAGUGCUGGACUUUUCACACUGGUAGCGAUGGGAACUAUGAUUUAUGCAUUGGUGACGUACCAUUGGAGAGCGGCUGCAAUUAGACGCAGAGGAUCCGGUCCAUAUGAUGAUAGAUUUGGCCCUACCUUGCUAUGUUUCUUUUUGUUGGUAGCUGUCAUCGUGAAUUUCUUCUUGAAGUUGAAAUACCAAGGAGACACACAACAAAGCGAUUAA